AUAUAGUGAACAAUAGUUACGAUUGUUUUGAUGCAAUCGUUGACACAAACCAUAACUCAAUCAUCGCUUUUGUGUUCACGACAUCAAGACAUCAACACUUCCUCCGCAGUCAACCCGUAAUUGUCAUCACAUUAUGUCAACCGAUGGGGAGAAGCCGAAGACGGCCGAAGAGGUGACGGAUCCGGAGGUGGACGAAGAGUUGUCCACAUUAUUGGACAGCGCUCUCAACGAGUUUCAGGUGAAGCCGAAAGCGAGCGGCAAAGCGCCGGAUGUGUGCGAAGUGUCGGCCAUAGCGAGCGGUGGUGUCGUCGGCGCGACGUCUUCGGGCCUCACAGAGGAUCCAGAUGUUCCGGACUUAACGCCCAACUCUUUUGAACACAAUCUGAACACAGAUUUCGCCAAAUUUGAUGAAAUGUUUUCGCCGUUAAUUAAUUCCGAUCCUCAGCUCAAAGAGCACUGGACUCGACUCACU